UCUUCUCGCGAGCAAGAGCCCUAGCGAGCUUGGGGGAAGGGAAGAUUUGGGGGCCGAGGCGCCGGGCCGCGAUCAGAUCUGCGCGCUGCGCAUGCUGUCGCCAAUUCGGAGGGAAUGUGCCGCGCAGCGAUCGAUCUAGAACAAGGCGUCGCUCGCUAAGCCUGUUGCGGCAAUGGCUGCUGCCAACAUCACUGUUGGCUCUCAAGUAUGGGUCGAGGAUGCUCGGCUCGCUUGGGUGGACGCGGAAGUGGUGCGAAUCUCCGGCAAUACGAUCACAGCUCGAACGAGCUCUGGAACCACGGUCUCGGUAGACGUCGGCCAUGCACACCCCAAAGAUACCGAUACAAAGCCUGGAGGAGUGGACGACAUGACAAAGCUGGCAUACCUGCACGAGCCUGGGGUUCUUUACAAUCUUUCCAGCAGAUACGAGCUUGACGAAAUCUACACGUACACAGGAAACAUUCUCAUUGCUGUGAAUCCAUUCGCCAAGCUCCCGCAUCUCUACGAUGUUCACAUGAUGGAGCAGUACAAGGGUGCCCCUCUUGGGGAGCUAAGUCCGCAUGUCUUUGCGGUGGCUGACUCGGCGUUCAGAGCCAUGCUGAAUGAGAACAAGAGCCAGGCGAUUCUCGUAAGCGGAGAAAGUGGGGCUGGGAAGACAGAGACGACAAAGCUUAUCAUGCAGUAUCUUGCUUACAUGGGUGGCCGUGCUGCAACGGAUGGCAGAACAGUCGAGCAACAAGUUUUGGAGUCCAAUCCGCUUCUCGAAGCUUUUGGUAAUGCCAAGACUGUUAGGAAUGACAAUUCAAGUCGAUUUGGCAAGUUUGUCGAGAUUCAAUUUGACCAGAGCGGGAGAAUCUCUGGAGCAGCUGUCCGGACAUACUUGCUGGAAAGAUCCCGGGUUGUUCAGAUUGCUGAUCCUGAAAGGAAUUACCACUGUUUUUAUCAGCUUUGUGCGUCACCUGAGGAUGUUGAGAAGUAUAAACUUGGCGAUCCGACAACCUUCCAUUACUUGAAUCAAAGCAACUGUUAUGAUCUAAAUGGGGUCAACAAUAGCAGAGAUUACGCCAAAACAAGGAGAGCUAUGGAUGUUGUUGGCAUAAGUCCUGUCGAACAGGAAGCCAUCUUCCGAGUCGUAGCGUCCAUCCUGCACUUAGGAAACGUUGAAUUUGUUCACGGAAAGGAAUCAGACUCUUCCAAGCUCAAGGAUGACAAGUCGAAGUUUCAUCUUGAAGCUGCGGCGGAGCUCCUCAGGUGCGACGUAAAGGGUCUUGGAGAUUCAUUAUGUACGCGUGUUAUAGUAACGCGGGACGAAACUAUUACCAAAACCCUCGACCCCAUGGCAGCAACAGUCAACCGUGACACUCUUGCAAAAACUAUCUACGCACGGCUAUUUGAUUGGCUUGUAGAGAAGGUCAACAAAUCAAUUGGCCAGGAUUCCAAAUCCAAGACGCUGAUUGGAGUGCUUGAUAUAUACGGGUUUGAAAGUUUCAAAACAAACAGCUUUGAACAAUUCUGCAUCAAUCUUGCUAAUGAAAAAUUACAGCAGCAUUUUAAUCAGCAUGUGUUCAAAAUGGAGCAAGAAGAAUACACUAAGGAAGCAAUAGACUGGAGCUAUAUAGAUUUUGUUGACAAUCAAGAUGUUCUGGACCUUAUUGAAAAAAAACCACUGGGUAUCAUUGCUCUUCUCGACGAAGCUUGCAUGUUCCCAAAAUCAACCCAUGAAACGUUUGCUACAAAACUGUUCCAAACUUUCAAAGCACAUAAGAGGUUCAGCAAGCCAAAACUUUCUCGAACUGAUUUUACAGUUGCACAUUACGCUGGAGAGGUCACUUACCAAACCGACCUUUUCCUUGAUAAAAAUAAAGACUAUGUUGUGGCUGAACACCAAGCAUUGCUAGGAUCGUCGAAAUGUUCUUUUGUUGCGGGACUGUUUCCGCUGUCCUCAGACGACUUUAUGAAAUCUUCCUAUAAAUUUUCCUCCAUAGGAACUAGCUUCAAGCAACAACUGGGAUUUCUAAUGGAGACAUUGAGCUCUACACAACCACAUUAUAUACGGUGCGUUAAACCAAACAUGUUCAACAAGCCCGGGCGUUUUGAGAACCCCAACGUCUUACAACAGCUUCGAUGUGGUGGAGUUCUCGAGGCUGUGCGGAUAAGCUGCGCUGGCUAUCCAAGUAGACGCUUGUUUGACGAAUUUUUGGAUCGUUUCAGCUUACUUGCACCGGAAUUCCUAGAUGGCCGGUACGACGAAAGGGCGGCAACUGAGAAGCUGCUUCAAAAGCUGAAUCUGACUAAAUAUCAGAUUGGUAAAACCAAAGUUUUUCUUCGUGCGGGCCAAAUGGCAGAGUUGGAUGCUCGGAGGGCGGAACUGCUAGGCAAUGCAGCAAGAGUGAUACAGAGGCAAGUCCGUACAUACCUUGCGCGUAAGGAGUUCUUGGCAAUCCGUAAGGCUGCCGUCUGUGUUCAAGCUCACUGGAGAGGAAGAUGUGCGAGAAAGCUAUACGAAAGCAUGCGACGGGAGGCUGCAGCUAUUUGCAUACAGAAACAUGUUCGAAGGUGGCACCAUCAAAAGGAAUUCCAGAGGACUCGUAAGGCAGCAAUAUUUGUACAGUCCGGCGUCCGUGGGAUGGUUGCUCGUAAGGAGUAUCGUUUCAAAAGGCAAACAAAGGCUGCGACAGUCAUUCAGUCCCGGUGGCGAGGCUUUACAGCAAAAAGAUAUUACAGGAAUCUUCGGAAAGCGGCGCUUACAACGCAAUGCGCUUGGCGAGGACGUGUUGCCCGCAAAGAACUCAAGAAGCUCAAGAUGGCGGCAAAGGAAACAGGUGCUUUACAAGAGGCUAAAACGAAGCUAGAGAAACGUUGUGAGGAGUUGACUUGGCGUCUCCAGCUGGAAAAACGUUUGCGGGUUGACUCUGAAGAAUCAAAGAAUCAGGAUAUUGCAAAGCUACAGGCGGCAAUACAGAACUUGGAAAGUCAGAUGGAUAUGCUAAAUGCCUCGUUAGUGAAGGAGAGAACACAGAACAAGAAAGCUAUAGGUGACGCAGUGAACGCAGCCCGGCAGUCUGUUGCUUCAGAAGUGCCCGACUCCAAAGUGGACCAACUCGCCAGCGAAAAUGAAAAACUGAAGGCCUUGGUUGAAUCUUUUGAGAAGCGGACUACUGAGCUCAACAACAACUUAGUAUCGACCAAGAGAGAAGCUGAAGAGAACCUCAGGAAACUUACUGAUGCAUUGUCCAAAGUUGAGCAAUUACAGGACCUACAGCACAGGUCGGAGGAGAAGCUGGCUAACCUGGAGUCCGAGAAUCAAGUUCUGAGGCAGCAAGCGCUUGUUAUGUCACCACAACGGACACUCAGCAACCGGUUCAAAACACCAGUGUUCCAGAGGACUCCGGAAAACGGGCACCUUGCAAAUGGUGAUAACAAAAUCAUGCCGGAAACCCCUGUCGCCAUACAAGCUGAAAAGGAAAAUACCGAGACCGAGCAAAAACGCCAGAAGCAACUCACGGACAGGCAGCAGGAAAACCAGGACAUUCUGCUGCAAUGUGUGAUGAAGGAUGUCGGUUUCAGCCAAAAUCGACCUGUUGCGGCCGUUGUAAUAUACAAGUCUCUCCUACAUUGGCGGUCAUUUGAAGCCGAAAGGACUAAUGUCUUUGACCGGAUCAUUCAAACUGUUGGAGCUGCAAUUGAAAGCCAAGAAAACAAUGACGUGUUGGCGUACUGGCUGUCUAACACGUCUACAUUGUUGUUCCUACUGCAACGCACACUCAAGGCCAGUGGUUCUGGUCCUCAAAGAAGACGUGCACCAUCUGUUACACUGUUUGGGAGGAUGACUCAGGGUUUUAUUAAAUCAUCUCCAGGAUCAUUUGGCAAUGGGGGGCUGGAUGCGUCUCGACAAGUGGAAGCCAAGUACCCCGCUUUGCUGUUCAAGCAGCAGCUUACGGCCUACGUUGAAAAGAUCUACGGAAUACUGCGUGACAACCUGAAAAAGGAAAUAACGUCAUUGCUCGCGCUUUGCAUUCAGACCCCAAGAACUGCGCGUUCUUUAGGCAAAGCGGGAAGGUCUCCAAAUAUGGCCUUGGCAGCGCAACAAAUGUUGAGUCACUGGCACAGUAUAAUCAAGAGUUUGACCGGUCUGCUCAACACGCUGAGAGCGAAUCAUGCUCCACCGUUUCUUGUUCGAAAGCUGUUCACGCAAAUAUUCUCGUUCAUUAAUGUUCAGCUCUUCAACAGUCUUCUUUUGAGGCGGGAAUGCUGUUCUUUUUCAAAUGGAGAGUAUGUCAAAGCUGGUUUGGCAGAGCUGGAACACUGGGUUUAUGAAGCCACCGAAGAGUACGCUGGGGCAUCUUGGGACGAAUUAAAAUACAUCCGCCAAGCGGUUGGUUUCUUGGUCAUUCAUCAAAAGCCCAAAAAGUCACUCGACGAGAUUACACAUGACCUCUGUCCGGCAUUAAGCAUCCAGCAACUGUAUCGUAUCAGCACCAUGUACUGGGAUGAUAAAUAUGGCACCCACAGUGUUUCUCCAGAGGUUAUUGCAAAUAUGAGAGUUCUUAUGACUGAAGACUCCAACAAUGCUGUGAGCAACUCCUUUUUGCUGGACGAUGAUUCAAGCAUUCCAUUUUCGGUUGACGACAUAUCCAAGUCGAUGAAGGAGAUGGACCUCAACGACAUCGAUCUGCCACCGCUUUUGAGAGAGAGCAGUGCAUUCCAUUUUUUGCAGCCUCAGUCGGAAUGAGCAACACAGCUCGUCUUCGAAGGCCAGCAAGAAAAGCAUGCUUGAAGCUUCGAUUUCAGCUCGAGCCAGGUUCCUCUCAACACUAUUCUUUUCCAUUCGGAUUGAUUCUUUAUACACAGGUAAAAGCAAAAAAGUUGAAAAAAGAAAAUCGAAACAAAAAAAAAAAAACAAAAAGCAAAGAGAAGCGGAACAUUGUACAUUCAUCUUUUCAUAUUCUUGAUGGUGUUGUAUUGAAAGGACUGUAAAAAAUACAAGGAGAUGCACUUUUGUAGUUUGUGAUGGACCUUUA